ACACACCAUAAAGGAAAAAACCAAUUCCUAAUGGGCAACAGAGUUAUGAUGGGGAGUUCCUUUCUCUUUAUCUCUUUCUUCAUCUUCAGCUUAGGAUUCUCAGUGGCUCAAAAGUCUCCAGCUGUUUAUGUAUUUGGAGACUCACUUGUUGAUGUUGGCAACAACAAUUACUUGAGUCAUUCCAUUGAAAAGGCAAUUCUUCCUCACUAUGGCAUUGAUUUGCCAACUAAGAAACCCAGUGGGAGGUUUAGCAAUGGCAUGAAUGCUGCAGAUUUGAUUGCUGAAAAAUUGGGCCUGCCCACUUCACCACCACCUUAUCUCUCCCAAGUAUCCAAUGUCAACAACAAGAAGAAUGUAUCCUUCUUGGAUGGUGUUAACUUUGCCUCUGGAGGUGCUGGAAUAUUUAAUGCCUCAGAUAAUAGUUUUACGCAAACAAUACCUUUGCCAAUGCAAGUGGACUACUACUCACAAGUGUAUGAGCAAUUGACACAACAAAGCGAAUCAUAUACUCUUCAGAAACAUCUCUCAAAAUCCAUCUUCAUUGUUGUGAUUGGUAGCAACGAUAUCUUUGGUUACUUUGACUCAAGGGAUCGUCAAAAGAAAAGCACCCCACAACAGUACGUGAAUUCCAUGACCUCCUCACUAAAAGCGCAACUACAGAGAUUAUACAACUACGGAGCAAGGAAAUUUGAGAUUGCUGGUGUUGGUACAAUUGGAUGCUGUCCCGCAUACAGGCUCAAGAACAAAACAGAAUGCGUUUCAGAAGCCAAUUUCUUGUCGGUUAAAUACAAUGAAGGCCUACAGUCCAUGUUAAAGGAAUGGCAAUUAGAGAACAAGAACUUAAGUUACUCCUACUUCAAUACUUAUGCCGCUAUCGAAGAACUCAUUCAGAACCCAACUUCUUACGGAUUUGCAGAUGUGAAAGCUGCUUGUUGUGGACUUGGUGAACUGAACGCCCAAGUUCCAUGCUUGCCAAUUUCGAACCUUUGUUCCAACAGACAAGAUCAUAUCUUCUGGGAUUCAUACCAUCCUACAGAGGCAGCUACUCGUGUAUUUGUGGAUGAAAUUUUCAAUGGACCUUCAAAAUACGCAUCUCCCAUUAAUAUGGUACAGCUACUAGGCACAGAUACUGAUGACAUCGAAGCAUCAUGUGGCAGGAGGCCAGGAUAUAGUCUACUUGCAUGGCAUGAGCCUUGGUUGAUCAUUUUGAUGUACAUAUAUUUCACAUGAUGAUAUGUAUUUUGAGAUAGAGCAUAAAGAGUGUUUAUGCAUAUGUUGGUAGAAACCUUUAUAUAUUUGUUAGAAGAACAUAUAUAGGGUUUAUAUGUUGUAAAUAUUGAAUGCCAUCGUACAUUGCUGUGAUCAUGUAAAUAAUUAUGUUGUCAUAUUAUUUUGGAACAUGAUAUGUAUAAG